AUGUCUGCCAGUCAAGAAGCUACCAAAGAGGUAGAGGCUUCCCCCUCUUAUACCGUGAAGAUCAACGCUAGCAUUGCGCUCAAGUUGGCCAGCAUCGGCGAAUCCUCCAAUUCCAUCACCACCGGUCCUAUAUUCGGUUUCGACGGUGUCGAAGACAACAUCAUCAGUGUCACACAUACUAUUGCAUUUCCAACGUUCAACAGCAGCAACAGCAACAACAACAACAGUGCUGACGACUUCUUCAACUUGAGAUCGUCCAACUCCAGAUUCCAGCAAGACUACUUGAACAAGCUUGAAACCGCGGGGUAUACGGCACAUCUUUUGGGAUGGUUCAUCUGCUCCACUGGUGGCAAAUACAUAUCACAAUCUGUCGUUGAGUCAUUGCUUCAACUUCAGGACACAUUGAGAAACAACAAGAGAGAGAUCCCAUCGCUCUUGAUGGUGUACGACCCAUCCAAAUCCAGAGACGGCUUCUUGAGCUUGAAGUGUUUCAAGUUAAGCGACGCAUUUUUGAGAACCGUAAAGAGUGAAAACAAGUUUGUCGCCAAAAACUUGAUCGAAAAUAAGCUCUCAUACAAAAACUUACUUGAAGAAAUGCCUGUUAUAAUCAAAAGUAACCACCUAACAAACUUGAAGAUUCAGGAAUUCGACUUAGACUACUCGAGAGACAGCGACACUCUCUUGAUCGCUCCUUCCAGCUACGAAAACAUAAAGGCUUCCACUGACCAGCUGUACGACGCCAUCAACCAUUUCAACCACAACUUGGGUAACUUAAAUUACUUCCAAAGAAACUUGGCCAGAGAUAUCUCCAAAAUCAACAAAUGGGAAUCGAAAAUUCAACAAGAAAACGAGGAGAAGCUUAAGGCUGAUCCACGUGCCAAGGUGGAGAACCCAGACUGGAGAAAGGAGUUCAAGUUGCCUCCACCUUCUUCUAAGUAUGAGUACUUGAUCGCCAGCAGCGCUGUCAACAACAUAUGUAACAGUCUCGAAGUGACUGAAAAUAUCGAGUACGUUAAGGCUACAGGUGUUGAGAGCAGUCUUCCUCUAUAG